GCUCAGACAGGCAGUAAUAAAAAGAGACUGCUCUCGACGAUAGAGGAAACAGAUUUCCAGGAGGCAGGCAAACUGAGUAGGCGCAGUCUUGAGUGGAAAUUGACACGUACUGAUGUAUUACGUCUAUUCUAUUUUAACAAGUGGACCUUUUUUGUUGUUUACACGCAAGGUAGACUUUACGAUUCUUUGAAACCCCCGAAGAGAUCGUGAUUCAAUUUUUCUUUAGCUAGCUGUAGUGUGUUGAAUAUUCUUCAGUUAUACAACUGCAUUCAUUUUGUAUACAGCCUACUGAAUAAUAACACUUUAAAGAAUGACCUGGACAGUUAGCAGUUGUUAUAUUACUCUAGCCCUCCUAUUCCUUUGGCGGGUCGAAGAAAUAGCAGAGGCUUGCAGUUGCUCCCCUGCUCAUCCUCAACAGGCUUUUUGCAAUGCAGACGUCGUGAUCAGGGCAAAAGUGAUCGCUGGCAACGAGGUUGACUCUGGCAACGAUGUCUACGGCAACCCCAUCAAACGGAUCAAGUAUGACAUCAAACAGAUCAAGAUGUUCAAAGGACCUAACCGGGACAUUGACGCAAUCUUCACAGCCCCCUCCUCAGCCAUGUGUGGGAUGACUCUGGAGACCAAUGGAAAAAAGGAGUACCUUUUCACAGGCAAGCUUGAGACUGAUGGGACAAUGCAUGUGACUCUGUGCGACUUCAUUGAAUCUUGGGAGGCCUUAAGUGCCACACAGAAGAAGAGCUUGACUCAGCGCUAUGACAUGGGCUGUGACUGCAAGAUCACACGGUGCACCUCCAUCCCCUGUAUGAUCAGCGCCCCGGAGGAGUGUCUGUGGACAGACUGGGUGAUUGAGAAGAGCAUCAGCGGACCACAGGCCAAACACUUUUCCUGCAUCAAGAGGAGUGAUGGUUCCUGUGCCUGGUACAGAGGAUCUGCACCUCCCAAGAAGGAGUUCAUGGACAUCGAGGAACCCUAGUUCCACAAUCGCACCCACACUCACAAUGUGACUGGAUAGGCCUGUCUUUUAAAAAUCCCCCCCCCCCCUCAAAAUAAAUGUUUGAUGAAACCAUAACAUUGCGGUUCAUAACUAGGUCAUUCAAUUUGUAUAGAUUGGCCCAGUUGGGAUGUCACAGGGUGAAUUUACUAGUUAAACCAGGAGAUGAAAAACUAUAUGUAUUCAGGCGUCAAUUACAUGAAAACAGCACUUUCUGACCACAACAACCCCAAUAUAUCUUAAAUACUUAUUGUAAAGGUCAAAUAAAAUUUAAAUACACUUCUAAUUUACUUUUCCAGGUCUCAUGUGCCAUUUCUUCAUUGCUAGCUACCUGAUCCAAAAUGUUCAAUAGCGGUGUUGUUCCAUGUUGUUGUGCUCAGAUAUGAAAUUAUAUUAAAAAUAUAUACUUCUAUCUUGAAGUUUAGUUUAUUUGUUUUUCACUAGUGGUACAGAUUUGUUUUAAUGCCAACAGAAACACAUUAACAGAUUAAAACUUUUGCUUAAGGACUUAUAACAUUGUUAUUGCUUCAGUGGGAUGAAAAUGUAUUAAAGCAGUGUGGUAUCACAAAGAAGGCCACACUGAUGACACCGUUGUAGUCACUAUAUCGGCUUAAUCUCUUCAUUUAUUAUAUUUACUGGUCUAUCUACUUAUAAUAAUAAUGAAUAAAACCCUUACAUGGUCUGUUAACUGACAUGGCAAACCUGAUUGUCUAGGUCAACUCAGUGCUAUGUUUUUGUCAUAGGCAUUAUAAUGUGUCAUUAUAUUAAGGGGAUUGAAUCCUCCAGUUUUAUUUUAUACUUUUUUAUAUUACUUCAUCUGUGAUGCUAGUUAUUUGUGUUAGUUGUCUAUUGCUGUCUCUUUACAAUUGUUGAAAGAAUGUUUUAUUUAAGGAAGGUGGAAGUUUAAUUUGACCAUUUUACAAACUGCAAUGUUUUAAUUAUGAAGAAAUACAUUGUUAGUGCGUUAUCAAAUAAAGGACUUACGGGA